UUUAAUACAAACACUGUACAAAUCCUACGUCUACACGACUAUAUUAUACGUAGAUGUAUUAUUAAAGUCAAUAUCCUAAACCCUGUUUAUUAUUCUCAUCCUCUCUCUGAGACCCUGUUUCAAAGCUGUAUCAACAUCUAAGAUAACUUGGUUCUAUCAUGGGUGGGAGUUCAAUUGAUGAUGAUUGGGAGUUGGCUUCUCCUUCUGGUGGACCUCGGACUCUGGUUUUAGUUGGAUGUACAGGUAAUGGCAAAAGUGCAACAGGUAAUAGUAUUUUGCAAAAGAAGGCAUUUGUUUCUGAUGCAAACUCUGCUGGCGUUACUCGUACUUGUGAGAUGCAAAGGACUGUAUUAUAUGACGGCCAGAUUCUUAAUGUUAUUGACACUCCUGGUUUGUUUGAUUUUUCUGCUGAAACCGAAUUCAUUGGCAAAGAAAUUGUUAAAUGUAUCAACAUGGCCAAGGAUGGUAUCCAUGCAGUUCUUGUCGUUCUUUCAGUCCGGACUCGUUUUUCAAAAGAGGAAGCGGCAGCUGUCAAUAGCCUGAGGACAUUAUUUGGGAACAAAAUAACUGAUUACAUGAUAAUUGUUUUCACUGGCGGGGAUGAACUAGAAUUUAAUGAAAAAACUCUGGAAGAUUACCUAGGUCGUGACUGUCCUGAACCUUUAAGGGAACUUCUGAAUCAAUGUGAGAAUCGGGCGGUCCUUUUCAAUAAUAGAACGACUGACAGGACAAAGAAAGAUGAACAAGUUCAAGAGCUAAUCUCUCUUGUGAACCUUGUUGUAGCAAAGAGUGGUGGCAAACCUUAUACAGAUGAGUUAUUCGUUGAAAUGAAGAAAGGAGCUAGGAUGCUUCAUAAUCAGACAGAAGUCUCUAAGCAGGAGAAUGAGGAAAAACUUAUUAAGCGAUUAACUGAAAUGGUUGAGUUGAAGGUCAGAGAGACCACUGCUAGGCUUGAGCAGCAACUGGCAGAAGAGAAGGCUGCGAGAUUGAUUGCCCAAAAGAUGGCGCAGACUGCUCAAAUGAAAUCAAGUGAUGAAAUUCUUAAACUAAGGGAGAGCUUAGAGAGAGCAGAGCGUGAACUCCGGGACCAAGCUGGAAAGGCAAAGUGUGUUAUUUUGUAACGAGUUAUAUAUAAUCCCCGUAAAUAUUAUCCCAGAAGUUGCUCUAUAAGGAUUUUGAUCUAGUUGGGUCUCGAUAUGUGCUAGAAGUUGCUCUAUAAGGACUUUUGAUCUAGUUGGGUCUCGAUAUGUGGAUGGUUGAAACUACGAAUUUAAAUGUCAUAAUCGAAAUUUCUAUCA